AUGUGGAUAUGGGCGAUAUUGGUAGCUGUGCUGGUGUGUCUCCUGAUUCUACACUUUCUGAAACUGCUUCAGGCAUACAAGAAGUACCCUCCUGGGCCUUCUAGGCUCGAGAUUGUUCUACGCAUAGUGCGGUCUGGAUUCAGAUUCGAUCCCGAUCUUCUCGCUGAGUUAGCAAAGAAACAUGGAAACAUUUACACUAUAUGGAAAGGGCCUCAGCCUCUGGUAGUAUUGUCUGGAUUACAAGCAAUUAAAGAAGCAUUAGUAAAGCAUUCAGAAAACUUCUCUCAGCGACCAGUAACCCCUUUCUUUAACGUUGCAGCAAAAGAAAAGGGUAUUGUACUCUCAAAUGGUCACACCUGGAAACAACAGAGGAAGUUUGGGGUGGCUACCAUGCGGAAGCUGGGAAUGGAGAAGAAAAGUGUGCAGAGCCAAAUACAAGAGGAGGCCCGUCACCUUGUCGAGACUUUUGCAAGUGCAAAGGGACAGCCACUUGACCCUUUGUUUCCCAUCACUUAUUCCAUCUCCAGUGUGAUCUCUGUUCUGGUUUUUGGACACCGGUUUUCUGCUGAGGAUGAGGAAUUUAUCAAGCUGGCGAAAACCUUUGCACAUGGUGUACGAUUUGUAGGUAGCUUCUUUCAUCUUCUGUAUGAAAUGUUCCCAUGGCUCAUGAAACAUAUCACGUGGCCAUACAAGAAGGCAUUCGCCUCUGUGGAUGUUGUGCUUUCCCAUGCAAGGAAAGAGACAGAAGAGCACAGGGCUCACCCGGCCCUGCAGGAGCCACGGGAUUUCAUUGAUUACUAUCUGCUUCAGAUGGAGAAAAGCAAGAAUGACCCCACUUCAACAUAUGAUGAUGGCAACCUGUUUCAAUGUAUUUCGGACUUCUUUACUGCUGGGACAGAAACGACUGCCACUGCUCUUCAGUGGCUGGUGCUCCUCAUGGUGAUUCAUCAAGAUAUCCAAGAGAAAGUCCAGAAAGAGAUAGAAGAAGCUUUUGGUUCCUCUCAGUCAAUUGGCUAUGAAGAUCGGAAGGAAUUGCCUUAUACCUUUGCUGUGAUUCAUGAAGGCAUGCGUUUCAAAUGUUUUGUAUUAGCUGGGAACCCUAGACAAUGUGGAGAGGAUGUGAACAUUCUUGGUUCUCUCAUUCCUAAGGGUUCCAUAGUUGUUCCAGAUAUACACUCAGUUCUUUAUGAUCCCAAGCUAUGGGAGACCCCUCGUAAAUUCAACCCAAAUCAUUUUUUGGACAAGGAUGGAAAAUUUGUGGAUAGAGAAGAAUUUUUACUCUUUGGUGCAGGAGCCCGUGUGUGUCCGGGGAAAGUCAUGGCAAAGAUCGAGCUCUUCCUCUUCUUCACCAGCCUGCUGAGAGCAUUCACCUUCAAGCUGCCAGAAGGAGUCAAAGAAGUCAACACGGAGCCUGUACUAGGCUUGACAAUGGUUCCUCAACAUUAUAAGCUCUGUGCUGUUCCCCGCUACAGUGAAUCAUGA